GGCCACGCUCGCCGCCCUGCCGGCGUCGCCCGCGGCCCCCCCGGAGGCGACGAGGGGCCCUGGCGGCGACGAGGAGGCGGUGGACCUGGCCGUACUCGCCCUGCAGGCCGAUGACGAGUGCCUGAGCGAGGCUGGCGCGCCGUCGCCCGAAGGCGGCUGCGCCGUGGUGGCGGUGCAGCGGGCGGCGCGGGUGGUGCUGGAGGGAGGCGAGCUGCCGACCGCGGGCCAGCUGCCGCCCGCGCCCCCGCCCGGGCGGCCCGCCGAGACCGCCCGCGCCGCGCAGGCGUCCGAAGGCACCCCUGCCCAAGUGCCGCCCGCGGGGCCGCUGCCGGCAUCGCUCCAGCAAGUCACUGGCGACGCUUCCGCCGCGGCCACGGCCGCGGACCGCGGUCUCGGCGAGCAGGCGUCCGAGGGCACCCCUGCCCAGAUGCCGCCCGCGGGGCAACCGCCGCCGUCGCUCCAGCAGCUCACUGGCGACGUUUCCGCCGCGGCCAUGGCCGCGGGCCGCGGUCUCGGCGAGCAGG